AUGGGUAUACUAGUCCCCAAGGAUAUGGGUAUACUAGUCCCCAAGGAUAUAAGUGUAUUAGUCCCCAAGGAUAUAGGUGUAUUAGUCCCAAAGGAUAUGGGUGUAUUGGUCCCCAAUGAUAUAGGUGUAUUAGUCCACAAGGAUAUGGGUGUAUUGGUCCCCAAUGAUAUAGGUGUAUUAGUCCCCAAGGAUAUAGGUGGAUUAGUCCCCAAGGAUAUGGGUGUACUAGUUCCCAAGGAUAUGGGUGUAUGUGUCCCCAAGGAUAUGGGUGUACUAGUUCCCAAGGAUAGAGGUGUAUUAUUCUCCAAGAAUAUGGGUGUAUUAGUCCCCAAGGAUAUGGGUGUAUUGGUCCCCAAUGGUAUAGGUGUAUUAGUCCCCAAGGAUAUGGGUGUAUUGGUCCCCAAUGAUAUAGGUGUAUUAGUCUCCAAGGAUAUAGGUGUAUUAGUCCCCAAGGAUAUGGGUGUAUUGGUCCCUAAAGAUAUGGGUGUAUUAGUCCCCAAGGAUAUAGGUGUAUUAGUCCCCAAGGAUAUGGGUGUAUUAGUCCCCAAGGAUAUAGGUAUAUUAGUCCCCAAGGAUAUGGGUGUACUAGUCCCCAAGGAUAUGGGUGUAUUAGUCCCCAAGGAUAUAGGUGUAUUAGUCCCCAAGGAUAUAGGUGUAUUAGUCCCCAAGGAUAUGGGUGUACUAGUCCCCAAGGAUAUAGGUGUACUAGUCCCCAAGGAUAUAGGUGCAUUAGUCCCCAAGGAUAUGGGUGCAUUAGUCCCCAAGGAUAUGGGUGUAUUAGUCCCCAAGGAUAUGGGUAUACUAGUCCCCAAGGAUAUGGGUGUAUUAGUCCCCAAGGAUAUGGGUGUAUUAGUCCCCAAGGAUAUAGGUGUAUUAGUCCCCAAGGAUAUAGGUGGAUUAUUCUCCAAGGAUAUAGGUGUAUUAGUCCCCAAGGAUAUGGGUAUAUUAGUCCCCAAUGAUAUAGAUGUACUAGUCCCCAAGGAUAUAGGUGUAUUAGUCCCCAAGGAUAUAGGUGUACUAGUCCCCAAGGAUAUAGGUGUACUAGUCCCAAAGGAUAUGGGUGUAAUAGUCCCCAAGGAUAUAGGUGUACUAGUCCCCAAGGAUAUGCGUGUACUAGUCCCAAAGGAUAUGGGUGUAUUAGUCCCCAAGGAUAUGGGUGUAUUAGUCCAAAAGGAUAUGGGUGUAAUAGUCCCCAAGGAUAUAGGUGUACUAGUCCCCAAGGAUUUAGGUGUACUAGUCCCCAAGGAUAUGCGUGUACUAGUCCCAAAGGAUAUGGGUGUAUUAGUCCCCAAGGAUAUGGGUGUAUUAGUCCAAAAGGAUAUGGGUGUAAUAGUCCCCAAGGAUAUAGGUGUACUAGUCCCCAAGGAUUUAGGUGUACUAGUCCCCAAGGAUAUGCGUGUACUAGUCCCAAAGGAUAUGGGUAUACUAGUCCCAAAGGAUAUGGGUGUAAUAGUCCCCAAGGAUAUAGGUGUACUAGUCCCCAAUGAUAUGGGUGUAUUAGUCCCCAAGGAUACGUUACAAUACACGAAGCCCUGGGAGAUAUAA